GACAAACUUCCCUGCACUUCCAUCCUAGCGUCGGCCUCGUGUUGUGAGACAGACCAUUCAGCUAAGUAGCAACACUGUAUUAUUCACACUAGAAGUCUGGCUCAUCGACUAACUAGUGGCUCAUGUCUCAAGUCCACUUGACUAUCUACCAACGGACAAAAAUCCGUCCCCCAAACGUGCAGGUAAAGACCAUAUUCUCCAUCGAUGAUUGGUGCACCGUGCAUAUUGACAUUACUGCUGGCUGGCCGCAUUGCAGCACGUAGACAGAGGCUUGACUCUGGACACGCCGUAAGCAAGGGAAACCCUCAUGCGCUGUACGAACUGUGCAAAGCAGCAACAGCGAGCCGUGAGAAAAUCAGGCCAUGGACGGACUACUCUGCUCCACCAAUUCGCACAGCUGUAGAUGUUGAUCUGACAUCCUCCUCAGUGUCCUUCUGCAGGAGAGCAGCGUCGUCUUCAAUAAAAGAAGGCUGUGGCAGCCCGAGAACUCCCGAGAGGUUGCAGGCUCCCGCUCCGUUGUCAAGGUCACAUUCGGUGAGCCCAAAGCGGACAAGCCUGAACAGGAAGGAUCGGGAGAAAACGGACACCGGAAACAUUGGCAUCUCCGCUCGGUCAUGUGAUGCCCGUCGCUCCAAAGCUUUCAGAACCGUCUCAGUCAUUCGUCUCAAGACAAUCCGUCCCGGGGAGCUCACGCCUGAAGCCGUGAAGCCAGCCAUCCAAUCGGGCCACCCUCGUACCCAUGCGAACUGUCGGACACCUCCUAGCUCCAAGGGGGAAAUGAAAUUGGCUGCCAGUCUGGCAUGGUGGGAUCCAUUGAUCUGUCAGCCAGUAGAAGGUGAACACAACACCGUCCAGGCAACUCGGACGAGGGAGGGGGGGGGGGUUAAGGGAUUCCGAGUUAGCCAGCAUAAAACACCCCGUGAUUAUUCCGAAGGGGAAGAAGGAGGGGGGGAUAGGAAAAGUGUAAUCAGAGCCAUACCGGCUUGGUACCACUCUCCUGCCCGGAGUCCCGGACAAGCCCAUGGGAAUCAUUUCACGGGGAGGGUGGGUUUUCCCCAGAAAAUUGACCUAGGUUUGGGUCAAUGGAAGGAUUGGAUGACCUCAAGAAAUGAGCUUGAGAAAUUCGACCGGAUCGAACCCACUGGCAUUCUUGGAAACGCAAGGUGCGUCUCGGGGCAGUGGCGGGCCCCGAAAUCGGCGGGGCAGGGGUACGGGAAAGCUACUAGGCAGUAA